GUAUGAGGGCCUGCUUAGUAUUCCUCUGCUUACUGUCAGCAACAUUUGCCCUGUCUGUCAAAAGUAAACAUCAUGGAUUGCAUAAGACUUCACAUAAAACAACAGAAAAGGACAUCGUCGCAGAGGAGGCCAACGAGCCACAGAUCUUACCAACUUUAGUCACUUUUGAGGCCAGCAGCCAGGAGCAAGACGAUGAGGAACUGAGCUCCCAAGACAAUGCUAAUGCUAAUGCUAGCAAGCAGGAGGAAGAGUUUGAGGUGACUGAAAAGAGCGAUAAACAUACAGCAGUCCUGCUUAGUGAAGAGGAGUUGGUGGACCUCCUGAAGAAAGAAGCAGAAGAAGAGCAGGAAGCUGAAGAAAGAGUGCUAGAGGAAGAUGAAGAUGAGAUGGACAAAGGCAAGGAGGAGUCUGAUGAGACUGUGGAGACCAUUGAGGAGGAUGAGGGACAGGAGGAAGAUGACAAACUAGAGAUGGAAGAAAAAGAAGUAAACAAAGAGAUUGUUGGAGAUGCAGAAAUGCUGGAGAAAGAAGAAAAAGAGGUGGAAAAGUCUGGCGAAAUAGUAACAGGCGGAAAGACGUUGCUGGAGGAAACAGAUGGUAGCACAGAGUCAGAGAUCCCUGUUGAUCUUGACUACGCUGCUGAUAGUGGCAUCUUACCUCUACAGAUUCUAUCUGCUAAAAUAAAACCCCACACUCAUGACAUCCAGCCUCCUUCAAAAGAAGACAUCAAAGAGAAGGAAACCAGUGACAAAACACUGCCCACCAUUGCAGAUGAAGAAGAUGUCCAAAACACUCAGGCAGUGGACCCUGAAGAACCAAAGAGCAAUACAGAGUUUGAAUCAGGGUCCCGACUGGCAGGAAAGGAAGAGGAGAAAAGCAAGAAUGACAGUGGAAGCAACACCAAGGGAAAGACAAGGAAGCAGAAGAAGAACAAGCGUGCGAGGAAGCACUCUCCACAGAGUGAGGAAACACAGUCUGGACAGGAACAGAGCCAACAAGAUCCUCAGCCGUCUGAAGCCAGCAGCAUUGACAAUACAGUUCAAAAGGCAAAGAGGAGAAGGGCAGGAAAAUGGGGCCCUCUAGUAGGAAUGAAUCCAGUGCAGAUAAGAGCGACAGUGGAUCUCUACCCAGGAUCCAGGCCCUCUCCUGGUGGAGGCGUACAUCGCCCAGAAACCCCUGCCGAUCCAUGUGACAACUUCCCCUGCAAACGUGGAAAGACAUGUAAACUUGAUGCGGACAAAAAGCCAGGCUGCGUGUGUCAAGAGCCGGCAGAUUGUCCUCACAGUGCCAAUGAGUUUGAUAAUGUUUGUGGCACAAACAACAAAACAUACGAUACAUCAUGUGAACUCUUUGCCACUAAAUGCAACCUGGAGGGCACUAAGAGAGGACACAGACUUCACAUGGACUACACUGGGCCAUGCAAAUUAAUACCUCAAUGUGUGGACAAUGAGCUGGUCCAGUUCCCAUUACGAAUGAGGGAUUGGCUGAAGAAUGUUCUCCUGCAGCUUUUUGAACAUGACUCCAUGUCUCCUGGCUUCCUCACGCCUAAACAACGUUUUAGAGUGAAGAAAAUCUUUGAGAGUGAGAGGCGUCUGCAUGCUGGUGAUCACUCCGUUGAGCUGCUGGCGCAGGACUUUGAGAAGAACUACAACAUGUACAUCUACCCAGUGCACUGGCAGUUUGCACAACUGGACCAACACCCAUCUGACAGAAUCUUGUCCCACUCAGAGCUGGCCCCACUUAGAGUCCCUCUGGUGCCGAUGGAGCACUGCACCUCCCGCUUCUUUCAAGAGUGCGAUGCUGACAAGGACAAGCAGGUGUCCUUUAAAGAGUGGACUUCCUGUUUCGGAAUCAAAAAUGAUGAUAUGGAUGUCAACCUGCUGUUCUGAGCUCCACUUUGUACCUCACCUACAACACGAGCCUGUUUAAGCUGCU